AACUUUUAUUUUGAAAAAUCAAGGAGCUCCGGAAACCAUUUUUAAACAUUUUAGCAUGCACAUCAGCUGACAUGACAUAGUAAACGAAUUGAUUGUUUUGGAAGACAGAGUCAGUGUGUUUCAGGAAACCACGCUAUGUCUUUGGCGAUUUGUGAUACCCAGCUUCAGAAAACGACACCGGUGCAGUUGAGGUUAACACGACAAGGUACAGCAAAUGGACCGAGAUGAAGCCUCAAGACCUCUUUUGGGAUCUGAGAACGGGGAGUUGGAACACAGCUCUUACCUGGACAAGGUGAAAAAUGGCAAGCUCUACUUGGCCACUUUUGCAGCCAUCCUGGGUCCCCUUAGCUUUGGCUUUGUGCUGGGCUACAGCUCUCCUGCCAUCCCAGAUCUCAUUAGGAUCACUGACCCACAUAUGCGGCUCAACCCAGAGGAAGCCUCCUGGUUUGGGUCGGUGGUGACCAUAGGGGCAGCUCUGGGAGGCCUCUUGGGUGGCUGGGUGGUGGAUAAGCUUGGGCGAAAACUGACCCUCAUGUUCUGCGCCAUGCCAUACAUCUUUGGCUUCACCAUUAUCAUCGCUGCUCAGAACCACUGGAUGCUGUAUCUGGGGAGGAUAUUGACGGGAUUGGCGAGUGGGGUCACUUCUCUGGUUGUACCGCUCUACAUCUCUGAGAUGGCCCACGAGCGUGUCCGCGGGACAAUGGGCUCCUGUGUCCAGCUCAUGGUGGUAAUAGGAAUAAUGGGAGCUUACAUAGCAGGCUUGUUCCUGGGCUGGCGAUGGCUGGCGGUCACCUCCUCGGUUCCACCGGCUCUGAUGCUGGUGCUGAUGUGCUUCAUGCCAGAAACGCCUCACUUCCUGUUAUCCCAGGGCAGGAGGGCCGAGGCCCAGGAGGCCCUGCGGUUCCUGCGAGGGCCAGAUGCCUCACCUGAGGAAGAGUGUGCCAGGAUAGAGGGCGCUAUGCAAGAUCAGGGAGGUAGUUUGGGAUGGUCAGAUCUGAAAGACCCGGUCAUUUACAAGCCCAUGGGUAUCGGGAUCGUCAUGAUGCUCUUUCAGCAGCUCACAGGCAUCAAUGCCAUCAUGUUCUAUGCCGAGUCCAUUUUCGAAAAGGCCCAUUUCAAGAACAGCGAUGUUGCCUCAGUGAUAGUAGCCGCAAUCCAGGUGGUCUUCACAGCCGUGGCGGCUCUGCUGAUGGACAGGGCAGGCAGGAAAAUCCUCCUCAUCGUCUCAGGUGUUGCCAUGACCAUCAGCACUGCGAUGUUCGGAGUCUACUUCUGGCUCUCAAGCCCAAAUCACAGCAGUGGCCAGGUCGCCAUGGAAACGCCAGGUCCUGUCAGCCUGGCCCCUCAACCUGACCUGGCGUGGCUGGCGUUGGUCAGCAUGGGCCUCUUUAUCACAGGCUUUGCUCUUGGCUGGGGCCCCACACCCUGGUUGGUGAUGUCGGAGAUCUUCCCCACGCGAGGGAGGGGGUUGGGAAGCUCUAUGUGCGUGCUGACCAACUGGGGGUCUGCAUUCAUCGUCACCAAGACCUUUCACAAUCUCAUGGACGUGCUGACCUCUGCUGGGACGUUCUGGCUGUUCUCAGGCAUGUGUGCUCUGAACGUCUUUUUCACAAUCUUCUUUGUGCCCGAGACCAAAGGCAAAUCACUAGAGCAGAUCCAAGCUCACUUCAAAGGAGCACGACACCACUAGAACUGCACAAACAGGAACUGACAUAUUUGUGUGUAUGUGUGUGUGUGUGUGUGUGUGUGACAGAGAGUACGAGUGAAUGUGCAUUUAUGUGAAGCAAAGUAUUGUGUGUAGGAGAGAGCGGAAUGAGCGGACAUUUUGUAAUUUUAUCAGUUUUCUCUAAUUACAAUACUUUGUGUGCCAAGCAACCAUAUUAUUUGAUAUUGAUGAUUCAAGCAAUUUUAAAGAAAUCUGUCUCCAAAUAAAAGUGGAGUUCUGAGUA